GUGUUGGUGGGCAUGGCCGUGGCCGUGGCGGGCUACUGGCCUCACCGCUUGGGGACGCCGGGGGCCCGGGCGCCCAAUGCCACGGCGCCGGCGGAGCUACGACGGUCGGGCCGUGCUCCGGGCCCUUCCGAAAAGCUGAGGCUCCUGGGACCCGUGGUCAUGGGCGUGGGGCUCUUCAUCUUCAUCUGCGCCAACACGUUGCUCUACGAAAAUCGUGACUUAGAGACCCGACGGCUCCGCCAAGGGGCAUUGCGGGCCCAGGCACUGCGACCUCCCGACAGCCCUGCCUGGGACUGCCAGUCCAGGACUGCCCUGCCACCUGGGGGGGCCUGGCCGCCCGAGAGGAGAGACUUCUCGCCCCGUCUGGGCGCUUCCCCCGCCCUAUCCGUGCGGAGUCUGCGUUCGGAGCCCCCGAGUCUGCGGCCGGCCCUGCCCGCCCCACCACUCACCAGGUGGUCCCUGAGGGCCCCCGGGCCACGAGGGGAGCCCUCCCCACCCUGGAGCCCCCGGGGCAGGCUGGGACAUGUGGUCAUCGCUGUGCAGCCGCAGGUUCUUGCAGGACACUCCAAAUCUCUUGAUUUGGGUCGAGGAGAGGUGAUGCUCGGCACAACGUCGGGCCGCGAUCGCGCACACCGUAGCUGGCCCCGCCUGGACCUGCUCAGCCUGGGCGGUUAUACCAAAUUGGACGGCGGUGGGGACUUAGGGGCUCGUGUCUGAAGAGCUCCAAGCUCAUACUGCUAAAAGCCUGCAGCGUGUGCCCAGCAUGGUGUGAGUAAGACUGAAGUGUCGGGAUCCUAGCACAGGGCGUCCACCAGACGCUGGAGCUGCCAUCUAGCCCUAGGCUCGCCCCAGGGCUGCCAUCGAUUGUUCUGCCUACCCCAGGCUCGCCUGGGUCUGACUUGUCGGCGAGGAGAGCCCGAAGCCAGACCAGCGGCUCCUGCUCCCGGCCUGUAGCAAUGCUGGAGAAUGAAUUUCGGGAAGGGGUCGGGCUUGAAACCAGCAGGUUCUUCCUGCUGGCCCCAUUGACCUUUGGUCCCCUGCGAAGCUGCCUGCCCAAGCCAAGCCAGAGCCCUGAAUGAGGGUGGGGGCUGCGGAGAACCGGGACAAGCACUGCAGUUCAGUAGUUACUGCUAGGAUCUGAGUUCCCGAGCCCCGUCAGGCUGCCUCCAGCUUUGUCCUUGCAGGGAACUGAUGUACUUUAGGGAAACAGGCCCAGACCCCAGACCCCAAGGCUCUUCCUCAGGUUGCCUCCCCACCCUCCCGAGCUCUAAGGACCGCAGUAGGGACCCGAGCCCUUGUCUCUGAGCUCCGCCCACCCCCCCACCCCCCUAGGUAGCGCCUCCCCGUUCCACUGGGGCCUAGUUCCAGUUGGCCUGGAAUAGUGGCCGAUUCUCAGAAAUCCUUUACCACUCACUUGGAAGCUGCCUUCUUGGCAGGAUAGGCACCAGGACCCAGAACAAGGGCCAGAUUUGGGUCCCCUUCCCACAAUUCCAUUUUUGCUAGAGUCCCCAUAGGAAACAAGCAGACCAAAUCUUUGUUUGAAAAUUUAUUGAAAAAGUAAUACAAGCAGCAAGACAGACGAAUCCAGAAUGUCUAAACACUAUCACAACCUACCCCUGCCUCUCACUGAAGUCCCAAAUAGCAGAUUCAAUCAUCACCUAAUUCAAUCUAAGGAUUUUCCCAUUUCGAUUCUGCUGCCAUAUAGCUCCUACUUCAUCAAGAAAUGUAAACAGCUAUUUAAUACAAUUCAUCAUUGUGAGUUUUUGUUUUUAAUUUACAAACCUUCAUUUCUUUCUUUGCAACUAAAAUAAUACACCUGAAACUGAUUUGUAGAAACCAAACCUAGAUUAGGGGACCAAGUUGGUGGAAUUGGGUCUGGAGAGAGGAAACCGGCCAGUGCUGGGGUAGGGCUGGGGGCUUGACAAGUCUCUCCUCUCCUGGCCUGGACGCUGAGCAGCCUAAGAUGCUGUAAACAGAUGCUCCUGAUAGCGGGUGGCUAGGGGCGGAAGAUCCAUCCCUGCAGUCUCACCUUGGGGUGGAAGAGAAUAAAACUGUAGAAAAAGUUGCCUGUGGUGUGUCUGAGUCACUUUGGUAAAGUUCCUGCCAAGCCACUAAACCUGGGAGUAUGGAUAAACCUCUUGGAAUUCUGAUCCUGCUCUAAAUCUCUCCUCCGGAGCCGAGGCCUCCUUUUCAUACUUGAAAUACAAUAGGCAGAGAAAAAUCUUCUUCAGGGUUGCAGGAAGGAAAGAGGGAGGUUUUGGGAGAGGGAAUGCUAUAUACCAAAUGACCCCCCACUAUGUCUGGAGGAAACUGAGGCGCACAGAGGAGAGCAACAUUGGACUAAGGCCACACAGCAAGUAAGUCACUUGUGAGCCAUGUGGUGGAGUCAAGAGCCACAGGUCCACCCCUAACCAGCUGUGACAAGGGGUGAACUACUGGGAUGAGGACCCAGGCCUACCACAUUAGUGCUCUAAAAGCCAGAUCUUAUCACUGCUCUGGGCUAGCUUUUCAGGAAACUUUGGUCCUUCUCAUUUUUGCUUUCUGAGCCUCACUGGCACAUUUACUAACAUUCUCAAAUCUCUGCUUUACAUGUGAAGAUUCCGGGCACUGGCUGCCCUCUGCAGAGAGAUGCUUUGUGGUGUUGGGCUUACAGGGAGUCAUCCACUCACUCUAGAGUGGUUUCCUAUGUGACAAAGGUCACGUUUGCUCCCCUGGGUGAGUGACUGGCUUCCUCUUAGCAAUUUUGGGCUUUGCUCUUACAAAGCAUGGCUCAUAACCCUUUCUUGACCUGUGGCUGUGGCGUCAUCAGCUCCAUUUCUGGGGUGGCCCUUGUGACUAAGCACCAUGUGGGGGGCUGACCUUCUCCAAAGAACACCACAUUAACCCCAAGCUCUCUGAAGUGCACUCUUUUUUCCUCCACUGGAAUCAGUUCCAAAGUAACUGGAUGCUCAUGGCCUUGAGUGGCAUUUCCUGGUUUACUAGUGCUAGGGCAGGGGCAGUCACAGCAUGGGAGUCUGAGGGAAGGAGGUGGCUGACAUGAGUCGGUUGCUUGAUGGCACUGUGUAGCUUGGACAAACUGCUUACUUUCUUGUUUCCCUCUUGCAGCUCACCUUGUCCUCACCCUAGGAAGCCCUUACUUCUUUCCUGCUCUAGCUUAGGACUUUCAGUUUGGGAAGAAGUGUCCAGGACUACAAAGACAGGCCAAUAAGAGAACCAGUCACCUUGAGAGAAAAUCCUGAACCCCCAGGGCCACAGCCCUGGGCUAGGGUAGGCAGGUGCCCCGGAGGAGGGCACAGGGGAACACUGCAAUCAUGAAUCCUGAGGACAUUUGUUCUAACACUUCAAAAUCAAAUCCAGAAAGCCUCAAACUCAAGUAGAAAAUAGUCAAGCUUAUGGAAGAACGACAUGCUCUGAUUCCCAGGUCAUGCUACAACCCUGGAAAAGGAGACAAAGGUCCCAGGCCCACACGGGCCUUGGCUUAGGGAAAGAUCUCUUGGUAGACACUAGGGGGAAGAAAAGAAGGUCCACUGGGUCUGGCUUUUCUGAUACCUCUAGAUCAGUGAAGCUUCCCCAGGAAUGCUUCUUGGCAGAACCUGACAUUUCAAGGCCAAUUCCACCACUCUCCUACACGAGAGCAGCACGUGGUCAGAAACAGAGACUUACUCUCACACCUCAUUAAGCCUCCCCAUAGUCCCUCCGGAAGCAAUUAGGUAGGACAAGCAUUUUUUGAUGCAUCUUCUGAUCAUCCUUGCUGGGUAGAUGCUGCACAGUCCACCUGAGUGGUCAGCAGCUGUGGUUUCAAGAUUCCUGUCCAUAAAGUUUGAUCUAUUGUGUUGGGUGGGGAAAGGCUGUUCCUGAAGGGGCUAAAAGGUUAAGGAGGUGGGUGACAGUUCCAUGAAUGUGCUUGAUAAUUCACAGUAUCAUAUAUUUGAAGUAAGUUCCAGUUUCUUUGCUCUAAACAGCUACUGAAAUAGCUUUAAAAAAAAGUGUUAGAAAAAACACUACAUUCGCAGCCGAGGUCUCUGCCCGUUAUGGUGUGCGUUUGGCUUUCUGCCCAUAAUUCCCAAAGGAAUACCCUUCCAAUCAGGCACUGGGGAGAUGCCUCUACCACCCCAGGCUUCCAUCAGGCAGAUGAAAUGAACUCACUGGCCCCAGGGGUGAAGAGCUGGUUUUUGUAGCUCUAUAUGUCAUCAAGAGGGUACAAUAAAGUACAGAGAUCAAUAGCCUGAAUUUCUCCUCCAGUACAGUGGACAGGGUUCUUGUGGGCAGCAAAGCCCAUGGAAUGGUCAGUGCCUGGGUCAGAAACUGGUAUGAAAAAGUGAGGAGUGCAAGCCACCCUGAAAAAAAUCACCACCGCUUAGCUAAAAAACAGUCCAUAGAGUAAAAAGCUGAGCAGUUUCUGGCAUCACAAUCUAGAAAAAGCUAUGGCAAAGGCUCAGUGGCACCUAGAAGAAUCCCACAUCAUGAAUUCCAAAUGCAAAGGAAGAUGAAUUUUCAGUGAUUUUGGAAAAAUCUUGAAAGUCCAAAGUCUGAAUGUUGAAGGAAGUUUCCUUAUUGUUUAUAGUUUUCU